CAACGACGUAGGGUGUGAGCCAAAUGAUGGUCUCCCACUGAAAAUAACAGGCCAGGUUGAUCGGCGCUACCAUUGUCACAGCCGUUUUCGACGUCGGGCAGACUCUUAACUAAAUCGAAACCAUCCUGUCAUGACUGGAUUUUGAAUGUCUUGUUUGAAAAUUGGAGCUCCUCUCUUGUGUACGACCUGCCGCGGAAAUAGACUGACUUCCUACUAGUCGCCCGAUUCCUCGCCGCUGCCGCAGACCUACUACUCUCCUCGGCUCAUUGAACCCAGACUGUCCGCGAACUACUGGCUCUGGCAUCUGGACACAUCGGAACUAGUCUAUUGUCAGUGUAAAUACGCAAACGUGCCUGUGUGUGUGCUUUUGCUGCCUGUAUAAUGCCGACACAUUUGCGGUUCCGGAGAAGGUCAUUCCUUGGACUUUUAUUCCUUUUCUCACUGUCCACCUCCGCAUUGUAUUUCAUCUACUCCGCCCCCGGAAUCGUGAAUGAGUAUGUGUUCAUGGUCCAAGCCAGAGGGAUCCAGAUCAGAGAGAACGUGAAGAACAUUGGGGCUCAGGUUCUGGAGCAGGUGGUGAGGGGGGCUUACAGCAACAAUGGCACAGAUUACGCCUAUGACUUCAAUUUGAGUGAGAGCGAUGUUCCUCCCACUACAUACCUCCCUGAGGGCUUCACCUACCUCCCCUCACAGGUUUGCCCUGAGAGACUGCCCUCCAUGAAGGGCAGGUUGCACGUGAAUAUGAGUGAGGUAUCUUUGGAGGAGGUGUCGAGAUCCCUGCUGGAGAGAGAGCCUACCAUGGCCUCAGGAGGCUUCUGGAAGCCCAAAGACUGUUUACCUCGCUGGAAGGUGGCAAUCCUAGUCCCGUUCAGGAACCGACUUGAACACUUACCCAUCCUCCUGAGACACCUGGUGCCAGUGCUGCAGAAACAAAAACUCCAAUUUGCCUUUUAUAUCGUAGAGCAGGGGGGCACAGAGCCAUUUAACCGAGCCAUGUUGUUUAACGUGGGCUACAAAGAGGCUAUGAAGGACCUGGACUGGGACUGUAUGAUCUUCCACGAUGUGGACCACCUCAUGGAGAACGACAGGAACUACUAUGGCUGCACAGGCAUGCCCCGACACUUUGCAGUCAAGCUCGACAAGUACUCCUACAUGCUUCCGUAUAAUGAGUUCUUCGGCGGUGUCAGUGGCCUGACGGUGAAGCAGUUCAAAAAGAUUAAUGGAUUUCCUAAUGCAUUCUGGGGCUGGGGGGGAGAGGACGAUGACCUCUGGAACAGGGUGCAGUUCGCCAAUUUUUCAGUAAGUAGACCAAAGGGAGAACAGGGACGCUACAUGUCAAUUCCACAUCAUCAUCGUGGAGAAGUUCAGUUCCUGGGAAGGUAUAGUCUUCUACGCCACUCAAAGGAGAGACAGAAAGUGGAUGGUCUUAACAAUCUAAACUACUCCCCCCUAGUGUCCAGGAGGCCUCUCUACACCAACAUCACAGUCAACUUGAGCAGAAUGCUUGCACCCAUAGCUGACUACUGAUGUAGGCACAGCUGGACUGCAAACCAUCUGGGAAUCGUCCUCUUGGACAUCAGCCAUAUCUCACCAGUUGCAGCACUGCUUAGGACUUUUUAGUUGAUUGAUUCUUUGCUUUGUUUCUUUUGUUUGUAUGCAAAAAAUGGAGACUCAAAUAAGUAUGUUGGAUAAAUCAUAUAAGAAAAUAGGGAUAAAUGCUGCACUUGUUUGUGCCACAGUCCAUCACUUCUCUCAUCUGGGCUUAUCUAGUCUUCAGUCUCCACAUGCCUUUUGCACCAUUUUGGCCUUCAGCAUCCAUCCAUUCAUUCAUUUCCGUGCUUAAUUGAUGAUUAUUGUGCUUGUUUGUUAAAAUAGGCCAUGAUACACACGCACAUUUGAGUGCAUGCAUGCGCUACACAUGCACGCACACAACCGUUUUGACUUACAUGUGCUGACAUGGGUCCUGAGGCUUUGAUCUUUACUUUGCUCUUGCACUUCAUUUUUUCACAAAUGCAGUAAACCUGUGAAUUGCAUGCACACACAACCAACUUUAACCGAGUAGACGCUUGCAGCUGGUUCUGCAGAAGGUAUGCCAAAUCUACAAGUGAUGAGAGCAAAUGAUAUGAAAUGAGUGAGUGUUUUCAAUCAUUUAUAUGUGAAAUAGUUUAUCCUGAUUUUAGAGAAUAUUAAUACCUUAAUCAUCAACUAUAUUUUGUCCUGUGAACAUACCAUUUAAAGACUGUGAUGUUUGUGUUUGCAUAGUUGCAUUGGAUGUCCCAGCUGCCUGCAAGUGGCUGUAUGUUGGAGAGCAAUGCUCAUCCUGUUAGCAAUAAGCUGUAAUAUCAGACACCUAAACGUAUACCUGACUUCCUCACUAUACAGAUGCAAUAGCACAGGUGCUAGCAUACUCUUAUUGGACUACGGAGAAGGAGUGACUGUGUAUGCAAACUUCACAUUCAACACACCUUUGCCUAAGCAAACAUACCACCCUUUUCAGAACCUGUAUGUGUCUGUGUGCGUGUCUGUGUCUAUAUACGUGAGGGAGAGCUAUGCAAAUGGCCUGUAUGUAUCCUGUUGUCAGUACGAGGUCUUCAGGGUGACCUCCGGGAGACUUCACCCCUGUAACUGACAGACUGACUGGAGACCUCACUCUGUAUGCGGUAUGUUUAAGUCCAGGCCAGGGAGAGAUAAACAUAUUCCGUUUUAUUUUUAGAUCCCACAUCCUUAAUGUUUACUCACCUUCAUUUUUACGAAAGAGCGUUGGAGGUAGAGAAUACUUGAUUGCUGUCACUGUCACUGUCACUGGUGUUUACAGAAGCUUUUGCUUUGUUAUUUUUCAGAUUGUCUAGUGUUUAUAAUACUGUUAGCCAGCCCUCCUCCACUGUGGGUGCUGUGAAAACUCUGUUCAACAGCGUAUCUAAUGCCUGCCUUUAUUUUUUUGAACUGAAACUUCGUUAUCUAAACUAUCUAGUAUAAGAAAAAAGUUCUGAAUGCUCAUCUAAGACGUCAGCUGUUAAACCACUGAUUAGCUUUGUUGACUUGUGGUCAGGCUGUUGCCACUUUAUCUCGGAGCUUUUGUCAAACACUGUGCAUUGUCACAUCACUCUGGCAGUGCACAGUGGUUGCUAAAAUGUCCCUCUCUGAUUUGUGUGUUUGACAGUGUUUUAUUUUGAGUACAAUAUCCCAAUAACGUUAAUGUUGGUACACACACAUACACACACACACACACACACACACACACACACACACACACACACACACACACACACACACUCUCCUCUCCUCACUGUCUGCCCUCUAGUCAUGCAGCUACUUCAUUUCACACAAAUCGCCUUGUAUGCAUUUCUUAAAAUUUAUCUUUUGGGAAAAAUGUGGGUGGUAAACUAACUAACUGAUGUGCUCCCACAAUGAAAUAAGACAUAAAGAGGCUGGACCUCAUUUUAUUUAUUUGAUCUUUUAUGGAUUAUAUUCUGUAAUUGUUUAGUUUUUAUUUUUCUUGCGGUUGAUGUGAUGGUGUAGUAGGUGACAUAUGACAGACUGUGUGAGAUGCACUGAAACGUAUGUGUAUUUGUGUGGGAUUUUUGAGGUUCAAGUCUGUGUAAACAGGGAGCUGAUUCAUUUCAUUCAGAUGGAGAGUUUUCCAAAUCAGGGAUGACAUGAAUAGCCGAUCUGAUGAAAUGGAACAGUACCCUGUAGCCUGAUGUGUAUUAAUCUGCUCAACUGUUGGAGGAGGCCAUUUUGUGUGACAACCACAGGAAGAGCAAGACACCUAAUCAGAAAAUGCUAGUAGUCAAUGUCUUUCACUGAGCACCUCCCUUGUACUAAUUGAGAAUCAAUGGUGCUGACCUUUCACAGCUCCCUUUGAGGGAGUCUCUCUCUGCGUGCUUACUGGAAUCAAUCCUGACAACAGAAAGGCCACUUUCGAUGGGUAAAACAUCCCUGCGAUUUUUAUGGCUAUAUCAUUUAAUUGCAAGUUGCAUACUGUAUAAGUGGCUGUGUUUUUUUUUUUAUCCAUACAUUUGUAAACCUGUUGCCUUCUCAUCCUGCCAGGUGAAGCUAAUCAGUCUAUUUGUUGUUCUGGUUCAUUGCCACAAGCAGAAGCACGUGUUUACCUCCUAGCCAAUCACUCCGGAGGUGCUCAGUGGAAGUCAUGGACAGCGGCAGCAUUUGUGUUAAGUUUUGUCUUCCAUGUGUGUUUGAGUGAAAUGGCUAAACCUAUCAGAGGUCUAACUGUCCUCCAUUUAGAUAUGAGGGUUUUUUUGUUUUUCAUUUUGUUUUCCAGCACUGAUAAGGACGUGAUUUUUAGUGAUCUGGUUGUAAACAACUGCAGGUUUUUUCUAGUUCUUGACACAUACAUGAUACACUGUAUAUUUUUCCUUUUUUGUGCAUUGCUUUAAAUUAAAAGCUAGAUAGACAUAUAGUAAAAGCUAAAUGGUUUUAGGAUGAGUGUUCAGACUCUACACAAAGGGGCUUCUCAAUGUAAAGAUGAUGACGUAGAUAUUCUUAGAGUCAGUAUAAGGCUCUAUACUCCACAAUGUAAAACGAGCAGCUUCUUCAGCCAACUCCAUAUUCAACAGGAUAUUUUUUGUUUUUCUGUUAUUAAUAGACAGCGUUGUCUACUUUAUAACUUAGUAGCAGGGGCAAAUCAGUCAGCUCUCUUUUGCUUUUAUCUAAAACAGAAAAUAGAUUUUCAGUUUGUGAUAAGAGCAUGCUGGCAAGUCUUGCUCCUGUUUAAUACUCUACAUGGUCUUAAUCUGGACCAAGACCAAACCUGCUGCUCAUCCAUUAUCUCACCCGUUCUGAUCCAUUCUGUGCCAGUUUAAAUGAAGGGACCAUUUAGUGGGCAUCUGAUAAGACUGGCAGCCUUAAAGCUUCUUAAUUUAUUGCAGUGUUUUUCACUCAAGUUUUUAUUUUUUUUUUUAUAAGCAAAAAUAUUUAAAUGGACAAAAGUGCAUACCAAUAUUAUGAUCAUUGUAAAUAUUAUUGUGUGUAGUGUUUUAGAAAUUCUAUAAGGUCUUGAAUCACUACAGAUGCUAGCAUAAAGAACAAGGCUUUGGAGGGGUUUGGCUGGGGAUUUACCUGGUGCCAUUUAAGUGCUAGUGAAGCUUAUACAGCGACAUCAAUGUUUUUACAUCACUGCUUCCCAGCACAGCCUUUUUUUUAAUUAAGAAUAUCCUUAUCCCAUAAAUUUUAGAUUCCUCUCACAAUCCUAGAGGCUGCAUUCCCGAGGCCUUCCUGUGCUUAAUAUGCUGUAACAGUAGAGGAGACAUAUCAUGGCAGACGUAAGCAUCAAUCUAUAGAUGAAGUUCAGUGUCCUUGUUUCUGCUCAUGAUGUCUCUUUGAUGGUGACAGCAGUUGGGGUAAGGUGUAGGUCAGUGGAAAGCACUGUAGGAUAGCAAUGUGUCAGCCAAAAACACCAUAUGCUUACAAUGCAAUGAAACACAGGCACCCAAACCAGCGACACAAUCCACUCCAAAAUCUACACAGAUUCAUUUCUUUUGUAUGAAAGAUAACUAUUUAAAAAAAAAAAAAAAGAAAAAGGAUACAGAUUAAUAAAUUUAAGAUAUAUCUUCUCUGAUUGUAAGGAGGGACAUUCUCCUUGAAUUGAAGCCAUUUGAAGCCACUUGUCAAAACUUGAUGUCAGCCUUAUGUGGAUCUGUUUGUGUAUCGGCAUAUUAUCUUUUGAUUAUUGAAAUUUGUAUGAUGGAGAUUUUCUUUUAUACCAUCAUUGUUAUUGUCAAAGUACACCAAUAAAAUGAAACUUGUA